UUUUUAAAUAGAAGAAUUACAAUUUCUGAACCAAAGAGUAAUUAGAAGAAAAGAAGAAAAACUUUGGGUAUCCUUCCAUCCAUCAACUCCUACCUCCAAUAAUCAUUUUGUUGCCGGAAGUUGCAGGAAAGACACAUAAUACAGAAAGAGAGUGACUCGCAAAAUCACGUCAUACCCAUGAUUAGUUUCUUUCACGAUUUUACCCAUUUCACCAAAAUUAACUCGCAAAUAGGUAGCAAAAUCACAAUUCGAAUUGCCAUUUUUGGUACCCUGGCUGUGACUUUUCACUCACUUUCUUGCUGUUUCCCCUUGCAGAAAUUUGUUAUCUAGAACUGGAAUGAUGGAAACAUUUGGUGCAUCGAUUUCAGACGUGAGGAAUGUUGCAACAGGUAAUUCCAAUGACGGUACGGUUGAAAUGGAGGGUUUCAAGCAACGUGUUGACGAGAUAAUUUCAAAGGUUGAUAAGCUUGAGCAGAAAGUACAUGAUGUGGAGAACUUUUACUCGAGUGUGAAUAAAAAGCAAUCAAACAUUCUUAAAGGUAAUUCAACUACAAAGGAUAAGGAGAAACAUGUUCCAAGUAUUAAGAAGCAACAACAGGAUGCUUUAAAAAGAAUGCAAGAUCUUAUGCGCCAGUUCGGCACAAUACUACGCCAGAUCACACAACACAAGUGGGCUUGGCCUUUUAUGCAGCCUGUGGAUGUGGAGGGGCUUGGUUUACAUGAUUAUUACGAGGUCAUUGACAAGCCCAUGGAUUUCAGUACGAUUAAGAAUCAAAUGGAGGCUAAGGAUGGUACUGGAUAUAAACAUAUUCGAGAAAUAUGUGCUGAUGUGAGGCUGGUUUUCAAAAAUGCUAUGAAAUAUAAUGAUGAAAAAAGUGAUGUUCAUGUGAUGGCAAAAACAUUGUUGGCAAAGUUUGAGGAGAAAUGGUUGCAACUUUUGCCUAAAGUUACUGAAGAGGAAACAAGACGAGAAGAGGAAGAAGCUGAAGCACAGUUAGCAUUGCAAGUUGCUCAGGAAGCAGCUCAAGCUAAAAUGGCUAGAGACUUGAGUAAUGAGCUGUACGAAGUUGAUGUGAUUCUAGAAGAGCUACGGGAGAUGGUUCUUAAAAGAUGCAGAAAAAUGUCUACUGAAGAAAAGAGAAAGCUUGGAGAUGGUCUUACCCGGUUGUCACCUGAUGAUCUAAGCAAAGCACUGGAAAUUGUUGCUCAAAGCAAUCCAAGCUUCCAGGCCACUGCUGAAGAGGUGGAUCUGGACAUGGAUGCUCAGAGUGAGUCUACCUUGUGGAGGUUAAAAUAUUUUGUCAAGGAGGCGUUAGAAGUGCAGGGCAAGAACUCAGGAAGCAUGGGUGGCAAUGAAAACCAGAACAACAACAAAAGAAAAAGAGAGUUCUGUGAUGCUAUUGCCAAAACGAAAAAGAAGACCAAGAAGACAACCUGAUGAUCUUUUGGAUAUGAUAAACCCCCCGUCUGUUUUACAUUAUCUCAAAUGAUUGCUGAUGCCGAAGGAGUCAUUUCAAGAAACAAACCCAUUGGUACGAAGUCGUUUUGGUAAAUAACAAAAGUUAUGUUGAUAAAAUUAGUCAUUCGUGACAACCGUGGCCUUUUCAAGUGGUCUCCUUUUUGCACUGGAAGAAAUCCUUGGAAUGUAACCCAGUUUGAAGGUAAUUUUGGUUUUCCUUGACCCUCUUAUUAUAGGGUGAUCUGCCACUUAGUAUAGGGAAACCAUGCACUCUUCAUUUCGGUUGUUAAAUAGAGAGAUAAGUUUCUCUUAUAUAUUUGUGCUAAUUUGUUGGUUUUAAUUUUGUUAUUAGAAACCAAUGGCCAGUCAUGGAAAUUUUGUAUAUUAUCUGACACUAAUUUUAGCUCAAGGGAUGGUGGUUUGUUUGACUUGCUUAAAGUCAGAAUUUUCUCAUGAAUUGUAUUU